AUGCACUGCACGACGGCCGUGUUACUCAUGGGCCUGCUUACGAACGCGGCCGUUGAAAUUACACCGACCACAGGAGCUACUGAAGCAUCUACAACAAAUAGCCCACCGCCCACAGUUUUCCGCAAUACGAUGACAACAAAGACACGACCUGGUACAAGACGGAAGUCUGGCUCUCCGAUGCUUAACUACAUAUUCGACUCCUACGCAACAAGCAAACAACAUUUUCAUGAUACAUUAAAAGCACCAUCGUUCGAAGGAGAUUUAAGCUCGGAGACAAUCAUGGAUGCUGACACAGGGUCAACAGUGCUCUUUGAUUGCAAAGUCUCCUCUUUGAGAGACAAGACGGUAUCCUGGCUAAAAGUCUCAGAUGAAAAUAACUUGGAACUAUUGACGUUAAACUUAAUAACUUAUACAGCUGAUUCAAGAUACAAAGUAGAUUUGGCUGGAGAGAAUUGGAAGCUAUCAUUAUCUGAUGCAAAAUCUAAAGAUUCUGGAGUGUAUUGGUGUCAUGUGUCUACUCAUCCCCCUAUGUUAAGAGUUUUUAGACUUCAAGUACAUGCACCAGAUAUGAAAAUCAGCAAGGAGACAUUUUUAGAAACUGGAGAAACGCUAUCCCUUAAGUGUAUGGUUUUUAAUUUGGACCCUGGGGACGUGACACCCGAGCUCUUCUGGUACAGGGGUAAUAAUACAACCGCUUUGGAUGAGGUUCGAGGAGGCGUUUUGGUGGAAACUGAUCAACUAACAUUGACAAGUCAUCUUCAGGUGGCUCAACUCAAACUUGAAGACGCUGGUAACUACACCUGUGCCCUGGAAGCUCCUUUACACAUGAGAGCAACUACAAGAGUUCACGUAUUACAAGGUUCAAGCUUGGCUGAGCUGCAAAGCGGCGUAAAAACCACAACAAGCUACAUAAGCCUCCUCGUGACGUCAUUAUUAAUUGUUCUAGGAGCACGACACCAUGACGUAAGGUGA